CGGCCCCAAUCUCCAGGCGGGAGAGAUCUGAGGUGGACUUCGACAACUCAGAAAUGAUCAGUUCGUAGGGAGCCCUCGGCUGAAGUGCUAACGUUUACCUGUCAAGUGAAGUGCUAAGUUUCACGUGUUUUUACGUCGUUGUUUUUGGAUCGUUGACCUUGUGCUCUGUUUUCUUCUGAUUAUUCUUGGUCCCCGGGUUGAUGUUCGACAACUCGUAAGAAGACUCAUCGUUACCCGCGGCUGUGCCUACCUUUCGUGAUCGGUUACCCCUGAUAUGGUAGUUGUUCUAAGGGAAGCGGGAGUUCCUGCUGUUCUUAGUGGGACACCUCCUCAUUGCAAAACUGGAAUCCCUCGACAUACUGAUUGGGACAUAAAUGACUCUACUAUCCCAAGGGUGGUGGAGUACAAUGGGUGGGAGGAGUGGGCGGACGGUCACUGUCGGCUGGUGUACCGGGCCAACUGCGAAGAAGCGCGGCGGCAUGCGUCCGGCUGGGCCAUGCGCAACACCAACAACCACAACGCGCAGAUUCUCAAGAAGUCCUGCCUGGGCGUUCUCGUUUGCUCCCGACGUUGCGUUCUCCCCAACGGAGACUCCGUUCACCUAAGGCCUGCCAUCUGCGACAAGGCCCGCAAAAAACAACAAGGGAAGCCUUGCCCGAAUCGACAAUGCACUGGUCGAUUAGAAAUUUUAGCGUGUAGAGGUCAUUGCGGAUAUCCAGUGACACAUUUUUGGAGGCAUACUGACCAUGCAAUAUUUUUUCAGGCAAAAGGUGUCCAUGAUCAUUUGAGACCUGAAGCCAAAUCUACCUCAGAAGCUAGGCGGACCUUGGGAGCCGGCAGAAGAGUUAGAAAUCUAGCCGUUCUCCUAGCUCGUGAUGCUGCACUUAGCUCAAAAUUAUUAUCAGUCAAGGAUAGAGACCGUAAUAGAUGUGAGAUAGAACGUUUGCGCAUUCCUCAGCCUCCCCCGGUUUCGGACAGUGAAAAAGUGUACUCCUGCUCUUGUCCUCCUUUCGAAUGCGUGUGUCAAAGCCGAUUCCAGUCUUUCAACUGGCACCAGUCAAACCAGGAAACCUACUGGAUGUCAGAAAACGUUCAACCGGUUCCAAAUCAAAUCAUCGAGAGUGACACCAAUAACUACUUGCCUGAGAGCAACGCCACCAACCUCAACACCAGCAGCAACAAUAGCAAUAACAACAACAACAACAACAACACCAACAACAACAACAACAACAACAACAACAACAACAACAACAACAACACUGUUCCCUACGAUUUCCCGCCUUUCGGUAACGAUUUAUUCCCGGCAGACGAGCUGUUCCAACUGGAGCAGCCAAUGCGAGCGAGCUACAGAGGAGCACCAGAGGAAGACAAAUGUUCGCCGACGGUGCUGGACCUCGGUAGCGGAACCAUCCAUCGGACGACGUUCAAGUCGGAACCGGACGCCGAGCCGUACUGGCUCACCGCGGCCACCCCUUCCGUCCACACCGACGACAGCAACUGCAGCCAGAUGAAGCAGUUCUCGCCGAAUCACAGCUAUAUGACCAACUUGGCCGAUACCGACGUGGACGACUCGAGCGAGAUGAGCACGCACCACCUCUCGCCGGGCGCGCAGCCGCCGAAAAGCGGGACGAAUUUCCAUCUGCUCAACGCCGAGGAGAUCCCUUUCCAGUACGUGAGCUGCGAUUCGUACAGGAUGGACCAAUGCGUGAAUCAGUACAGGUCUUGCGAUGCUCCCGAAGAGUUCAAUUUUGCUUGUACGAUGGAUGCUUCUGUCCAAUAUCCCAGUGAGCAACUGACGAGUCUGGAUUCGACGAUGAUGACGACGUAUCCUGCGCGUACGGGUUACGGUCAGCCGACGCAUGAUCUCAUGGUACAAACCCCUCACUCCUGUGAUGAGUUCAUUUCGCUGGCCGAUUUCAGGCUUCCUCAGCCGUCGACGGUACUCCAUCAUGAGACUUACUUGCCAUCCAACGCUCACUCUUGUCAGACGCCUGGUUAUUGUCAUCAGUGAGCCAUGUAAAAAUGUAAAUUUUUCAUUUGUCAAUAUUUGUUGAUACCUUGUGAAUUCUGUAAAUUUCAAUAGUAAAAACCUAAAGUAAUUAACAUA